ACUAAAUAGAAAGUAUUUAGAAUUUUUCAUAAAAUAUAAUGGAGAAAAAUAAGAUGUACUGCGGGAUUUGACGUGGUAUACAUCUUAAAACAUUUUGUUUUUGUUAGUACUGACUUUAGGACUGUAGAGAGCAGUGCCAGUCAUACUGAUAGGAUACGAGAAAAUAUUGAUUUUUUAACUCAACCGAACGGUAAAGACAUGCAUCUUCUAAUAAAUAAUCACAUAGAGGUCAGUAAAAUAGGUAGACAAAUCGCCGAUCAAGUAAUCGAUUCGCAAAGAAGGGGAGAUUCUUCUUGCAGCAACAGUCCGGUACCGGAAUCCUCGUUUACUUUACCGAUUUUAACCGGAGAGGCACGUGUUUCACCAAGUCUUACGAGUGCAGAGGAGCAAAAUCAAAAUGCAAUAGGAGAUUUUUCGGAUUCGAAAUUUUAUGAUAUAAGAAAUUUGUCGGUAUCUAGUGUAGCAAACGAUCCAGUUUUAGGAGCAACAACAGAUGAAGAUAUUAUAGAUAUGAUUGAAGAUGACAAUACUAGAACAGAGAGAGUAAAUCCUUCGUCGUCUGUAGAUGGUAACGACGAAGCAGCUAUGGCUGUCAUUAUGAGCUUAUUAGAAGCUGAUGCCGGUUUAGGGGGACCUGUAGAUUUCUCAGGAUUACCAUGGCCGUUACCUUGACCAGAUUAAAUUGUUUAGUAAUUUUUUGGCCUCAAAUUUCAAGUAAUUCAAAUGGUGGAUUUGUGAACUAAAUAAAUAUAAUUGUUUUCAA